AUGGUCGGCUUAACCGUAACGUGCCUGUCAACCUGCAAGAAGCUCCAUGACCUCGCAGGCGACUACAGAAACAUCCCAGUAAUCAUCGUGACAAUCUGCUCCGAGUCCACCAUUAUCGGCAUCGGAUUGUCAGAAUUGCAGACCAAGAUUCUUCAACGCGACGACCUUGCACAAGCUUGGGCAUCACGGACGGAAAUAUGGACUGCUUUUGAGAUGGCGCUUACGGGGUGCAUGGUAGUUUUCAGCUGCCUUGAAGCUGAGACAAGACAUCUCCAAUCUAAGAAUGCGGGAGUCUGGGCGAAGAUUAAAUUCAUGUUGAAUCAAGAACGUUUCAGAGACCUUCUAGCGCAGCUUAGGGGACAGCAAACUUCUAUCACUUUCCUUCUGAAGCUUCUGGAGAUGGAUACCCUAUCCAGCAUACAAAAGGACAUUCGUCAGAAUGCCCGUACGAUGCAACAUACCGCGGCAGAAGCCCAGUCUCUCCGAUCACGAACCCCGAGUAUAAAAAUGCAGUCGCAGUCAAUUUUCGACAAUGAUGCGUCACGACUCAGCUUUCUUGAAUUCGAGAUCGUUUCGGGUAUCGCGCCGUCGGAGCUUGACUUCGAGUUUGACGAUGUCGUGGUCAAUAGCAAAGUAUACCGACGUGAGCUCCACAAGGCUAAAGUCAAGAACCAACGAAUAUCUGGCCCAGAAACAGAACAUGAGGAUCCUGAUCCGGACACAGUCACAAUUCGAGGGAAUGAUCCUCCUAUGGAGAUUAGUCAAACAGAAACGCAGCGGGUUCCUCCCGACUCGUCUUCCCCCGACAUCGCGGAAGGUUUACAAAUGCAAAUCAUGGACACGGCAUCAGAAACUGAAGAGUCCCUUGGCGAAGAACAGAAGAAGCUCCCAGUGCCUCGAAGCGGAAAUAUAUCAGCGGACAACCUUCCCUUCGUUGAGAACAAGCCGUCAUCCUUGGUCAACAGCAGCCCUGUUAUCUUCGUGAAGGCCGGAGGUACUGCCAUUUACAUUUCUGUCAUUAUUAUACAACUCUUUGUUCUGAAUGCCAGUUUCCGAUAA